AUGCUGACACCCACCAGCAACCAGCUCUAUUCCUGCCCUGCCCACGGCACCGACCACGAUUUGUUCCUCUCAUACCGUGCCCAGACUGAUGCCGACACUGUCCAGGCUCUGAAGGAGGUGCUCACCUCGGUCGCCCUCCGUCGAUAUGGCAAACCCCUUUCCGUCUUCCACGAUGUCGACUGCCUCAACAAUCCCAACGACCCUCAAGUCAGCCCUAUCAGCGCCCUCCCCACCAGUAAGGCUGUCUUCCUGCUCCUCAGUCUGGAAUCGUUCGAACCUAUGAUUGAGAACACCCUCUCCGGCCAGGAGGACAGCGUUCUGCUUGAGAUCAAGACCGCCCUCGACCUCAAGGAUGCCAAACGCUCCCUCCCUGUCCUUCCCCUCGGAAUCGCCACCAAGGAAACCAAGGAUGGUGUCGAUGUCUUCACUCCCUUCCUGCCGAACAUGUUGUCCCUACCCGACGACCCUGCCUUUGCCCCCCUCAAGCAGACACUCGGCAGAGUGAACCAGAUCCAAUCACUUGGCUUCCGUCCCGACCAGAUGCACAAGCGAGUCUACCGCCUCCUCAACCUCGUCCAUCCCAUCCCACCCAACAUGGAUCUCAUUACGGCCAUCCAUGACAAAUACUUUUGCGAUUCCAAGUUCCGAUUCGAUCCCGCCCACCUCGACACCCUGCUCAAGCAACUCACCCUGACUGGCCGUGCCGUCAUCUCUGGCAUGGGUGGCAUGGGCAAGUCCGUCCUCGCCAUCCAGAUCCUGUUCUUCAUGAUGGGCAUUCUGAAUGUGAGCAACAAGGAAGACCUCCUCGCCAUCAAAGCCGAGACCAUUGGCAUCAAGCCGCAGUACCGCCAGGUAUUCUGGAUCAACUGCUCGACCGAGUCGACUGCCAUCGAUGGACUCAUCGAGAUGUUCCCUGGCAUCAAGCCCGACGAGAUCAAGGAGCAUGCCUCGAGGUUCCUCGCCAGCACACACGGCUAUCUCUUGGUGCUCGACAAUGUCGACGACAUCGGUGUGGUCGACUCUGUGUUUGAGCACUCCAAGUCAGUCGGGUUCAGCGGCGAUGUGGUGGUGACGACCCGGCUGGCCUCGCUGCCUCCUGGUGCAUUCACCAGUGCUCUUGAGACCAAGGCACCGAGCUUCCAGCACGAUCUGCUCCGUCUCGGCAACUGGGACGACACAACCACACUCGACUAUAUCCUGUCGUCGUCGCCAAUGAUUGUCCAGCGACUUGUGUCAGACGAGGCCAAGAAGUCACUGGACAACAUCGUGGCCAAGAUCAGCGGAUAUCCACUCGUCAUCCAGACAUUCAUGACGUUUGCCGAGAACUACGACACUCCCCUGUCGGAGCUCGAGGCCACGUUUGCAGGAGCAUUGGAGCUGCAGGAUGGCGAGGACGACACGCGGUCGUCGCUCAAGGUGAUUGUGGAUCUGUCGCUGGACUCGCUGAUGAGGCGAGGUGAUGAGGGCAUCGAGGCAGCCAGGCUGUUCGGUGCCCUCAGUUUGGUGGCGCCGACCAACAUCCAGCUCGAGUUGAUCAAGGCGAUUGCACAGAAGAUGGAACUCAAGACUGAAGUGACCGAUCUGAUCAAGAUGAUGGUACAGAGUGGUCUCCUCCGAAGUGGAGCCGAGGGACAGUACUCGACCCACUCGCUCACACUGAGAGUGGCUCGAGAGUAUGUCCAGGCACACAGUGAACUGAAUGCCGAAGUGAUCGAAGAUGCCACGGGCGCAGUUUUACUCAAGCUCACCGAGCCAAUGGAUCUCAAGGCACAAGUAUACGCGGAGCAUCUCGACACGCUCAUAUCUGUGGCUGCCGCAGAUGAAUACACCAAAAACACCCACCAGGCCGUCGAGGCUCGCAUUGGUCAGAUUGCACUAAGAAGUGGACAUUACAAGAAGGCAAAAGAAGUGCUCGAACGACAUCUGGUCAAAACUCUCAAAUUCUGUCGCACACGAGAGCAUCCGAAGGUCGCCGAUGCUUUCAACUACAUGGGCAGGAUCGUUGGCGCUCAAGGUGACAGUCAAGCAGCUCUCAAAUACUACCAAGAGGCGCUGAGCAUCCAAGCCAUCGUGCAUGGAACGCGAGAGCACCCUUCGAUUGCCACCGCGAUCAACAACAUGGGUUUUGUCGCCAACUCACAAGGAGACCACCGGACUGCGCUCAAAUACUUUCAGGAGGCACUUGAUAUCAAAGUCAAGAUUUAUGGCACCCGAACACAUUCGGAUGUUGCUGAAAGCAUAACCAACUUGGGUCAUGCCACGCACUGUCUGGGCGACAACGAAGUAGCGCUCAAAUGUUACCAGGAGGCCCUGGAUAUCAUGUCCAAAGUGUAUACCACACGAGAGCAUUCCUCAGUUGCCACGGCCAUGAACAACAUGGGUAAUGUUGCCUACUCUCAAGGCAACUACGAGGCUGCUCUCAAGUACUACCAAGAGUCGCUCGAUAUCAAAAUCAAGAUAUAUGGCACGAGAGAACAUCCCUCAGUUGCCUCAACGAUUCAUAACAUUGGCGAUGUCGCAUCUUCACAAGGUGACUACGCAACCGCUCUCAAGCACUACCAAGAAUCGCUUGACAUCAAAACAAAGAUCUAUGGCACACGAGAGCAUCCUGAUAUCGCCACCACGAUAAACAAUAUGGGCCGUAUGGCAAAGGGUAAUGGUGACUAUGGGCUUGCUCUCGAGUACUAUCAAGAAGCAUUGGACAUCCAGAUUAAGAUGUAUGGCACGCGAGAACAUCCGGCAAUCGCCACCACGGUCAGUAACAUGGGCAGUGUUGCCCACUCGCAAGGGAACUACAAUUCCGCACUUGUAUACUACCAAGAGUCACUAGAUACCUGCAUUAAGGUGUAUGGCACCCGAGAGCACCCUGAAAUCGCUACCACGAUCAACAACAUGGGCAGCGUCGCAAACUCCCAAGGUGACUACACAGCCGCUCUCCAGUACUUCCAAGAGUCGCUGGACAUCAAAGCCAAGGUCCAUAACACGCGGAAUCACCCCGAAAUCGCCACAAUAUUAAACAACCUGGGCGCUGUGGCUCAGUCCCAAGGCAACUAUCUAGUCGCUCGCAAAUGCUUCCAGGAGGCCCUUGAGAUCAGCGUCAAGGCCUACGGCACUCGGGAGCACUCCGAAAUCGCCACCACGAUCAACAACCUGGGCAAUGUCGCGAGCUCACUCUGUGACUACAAAGGCGCUCUCCAAUACUUCCAAGAGUCACUCGACAUCAAGACCAAGGUUUAUGGCACCCGAGAGCACCCAGAAAUUGCCACAGCGAUAAGUAAUAUGGGCAGUGUCGCAAACUCCCAAGGUGACUACACAGCCGCUCUCCGGCACUAUCAGGAGGCCCUCGAGAUCAGCAUCAAAGUCUAUGGCACACGAGAGCACCCCAAUAUCGCCACCAUAAUAAAUGCCAUGGGCAGCGUUUCCAGCUCAAAAGGGGACUUCAAGGCUGCUCUCAAACACUAUCAAGAAGCUCUCGAUAUCUGUAUCAAGGUCUACGGCACUCGGGAGCACUCCGAAAUCGCCACCACGAUCAACAACCUGGGCAAUGUCGCGAGCUCACUCUGUGACUACAAAGGCGCUCUCCAAUACUUCCAAGAGUCACUCGACAUCAAGAUCAAGGUCUAUGGCACCCGAGAGCACCCCGAGAUCGCCACCUUGUUAGAUAAUAUGGGCGAUGUUGCCAAUUCCCAAAGCAACUACACAGCCGCUCUCCAGCACUAUCAAGAAUCGCUCAACAUCAAAAUAAAAGUGUAUGGCACACGCGAACAUGCCUCUAUUGCCAUCACGAUCAACAAUAUGGGCAAUGUUGCCAACUCGCAAGGGCACUACAAGUCCGCCCUUGCAUACUACGAAGAGUCUCUUGGUAUCAACACUGCGGUCUAUGGCACCCGAACACAUCCUGAUGUCGCGAACACGAUUCACAACAUGGGCAGCGUAGCCUCCUCACAAGGCAACUACGAGGCUGCUCUCAAGUACUACCAAGAGUCGCUUGAUAUCAAGACCAAGAUCUAUAGCACACGAGAGCAUUCCUCAGUUGCCACGACCAUGAACAACAUGGGAAAUGUUGCCUACUCCCAGGGUAACUACGCUGCUGCCUUCAAGUACUACCAAGAGUCGCUCGAUAUCAAAAUCAAGAUAUAUGGUACGAGAGAGCAUGUCUCGAUUGCCACCACGAUAAACAACAUGGGCAACGUCGCAAACUCCCAAGGUAACUACACAGCCGCUCUCCGGCACUAUCAGGAGGCCCUCGAGAUCAGCAUCAAAGUCUAUGGCACACGAGAGCAUCCUGAAAUCGCCACCACGAUCAACAACCUGGGCAAUGUCGCAAGCGCACUCUGUGACUACAAUCGCGCUCUCAAGUACUACCAAGAGUCGCUCGACAUCAAGGCCAAGAUCUAUGGCACCCGAGAGCACCCCGAAAUUGCGACCGUGCUUCACAACCUUGGAAGUCUUGCGUUCAUGUGGGGAGACUGUACAGCCGCACUAAAAUACUAUGGAGAUGCACUCGAUAUCCGAGUCAAGGUCUACGGCACACGGGAACACAUUUUAGUUGCUACCACACUUCUAUCUCUGGGCAAUCUUGCCAAUGUCCAGUACAACUACGAGGAUACUCUCAAGUAUUACCAAGAGGUGGUCGAGAUCAAGACCAAAAUCUACGGCUCCCGUGAAUAUCCAGAUAUCGUCGCCAUGAUUCAACAGAUGGGUAACAUUGCUGAGUGGAAGGGUUACUAUGGAAUCGCUAUCAAAUUUUAUGAAGAAACGCUUGCCCUCCAGACCAAACUAUAUGGCACUCGGCAACAUUUCUCAGUCGUCCCCACGAUCGGAUCUCUGGGCAAUGUCACAGAAUUUCAGGGUGACACCGAUGGCGCUCUCAAGUACUUGCAAGAAGCCCUCGACAUUGGUGUAAAAAUCUAUGGCACACGAGAACACGGAUUCGUUGCCACCAUCAUCCACUGCCUGGGCAACGUCGCCAGUUUCCAAGAUGACUUGGAGGUCGCAUCCAAGCACUACCAGGAGUCGCUGGACAUCAAAAUCAAGAUCUAUGGCACUCGGGAACAUGUCGACGUCGCCGUCACUCUGCGCCGCUUGGGCACUGUUGCUCGCAUACGCGGCGAAUAUGAGCUUGCCGAGAAGCUGUACCUCGAGGCCCUUGAUAUCUAUCUCAAGACCCUCAAAACUCGAGCCCAUGUCCAGGUUGCCUUGACCCUUGACGCCUAUGGAGUACUCAAGUGUCUCCAGGACCAACUCUCCGAGUCGCGACGCAUGCUUCAGGAAGCCGUGGACAUUCUCACCGAGUAUUACAAAACACGAAAACAUCCCGGCAUUGCAAAGGUCCUCAAAAACCUGGGUGAUGUUGCAUGUGCUGAAAGCGAAUACGUCAACGCCCUUGACUUGUACCGAGAGGCGCUGGAAAUCUGGACCGAAACCAUCAAUAAUCCCGGGCACAAGGACAUCAAACAAGUCGCGUCCAGCAUUGCCAACUUGGAGGACCGGAUCCGAGAACAGGCCCUGGAAUGUGUUCUUCGAAACACCCAGAAUCCUUAG